AGGAAGUGCCCCCUCCCGGAGCCGAGGAAGAGACAGGCCCCAAGAUGGCGGCGUUGGCGGCGGCUGAGCGGCUCCUGUCGGAGGGGGAAGGAGGCGCUAUGGACCCGGCGCGGUUGUCCCCUCCGCCGCCUCCACAGCCCCGGGGGGAAACGCAGCCCCUGGAGCAACUCCCGCAGAGCAACACGCUGGUGGGGCUGCCCAUCGUAGCCAUCGAGAACAUCCUCAGCUUCCUGUCCUACGACGAGACCAGCCAGCUCCGCCUGGUAUGUAAGCGGAUGGACUUAGUCUGCCAGAGAAUGCUGAAUCAGGGAUUUCUGAAAGUGGAAAGAUACCACAAUUUGUGCCAGAAACAAGUUAAAGCACAGCUUCCAAGACGAGAAUCAGAAAGGAGAAAUCAUUCACUAGCUCGCCAUGCAGAUAUUCUUGCUGCUGUAGAAACAAGGCUGUCCUCGCUAAAUAUGAAGUUCAUGAAGUAUGUGGAUUCAAACCUCUGCUGCUUUAUACCUGGGAAGGUAAUUGAUGAAAUUUAUCGUGUGUUAAGGUAUGUAAACUCUACCAAAGCUCCUCAGAGAGCCCAUGAGGUCCUUCAGGAGUUAAGGGACAUUUCAUCUAUGGCAAUGGAAUAUUUUGAUGAGAAGAUUGUUCCAAUUCUAAAAAGAAAGUUGCCAGGAUCAGAUGUAUCAGGACGUCUUAUCGCAGCAGCACCAGUUCCAGGUCCUUCUGCAGCCUUAACAACAAUGCAGCUCUUCUCCAAACAAAAUCCAUCAAGGCAGGAGGUCACCAAACUCCAGCAGCAAGUUAAAACCAAUGGUGCAGGUGUGACUGUGCUGAGGCGUGAAAUUUCUGAGCUGCGCACCAAAGUGCAAGAGCAGCAGAAGCAGCUCCAAGACCAAGACCAGAAACAGCUUGAGCAAACCCAGAUCAUAGGUGAGCAGAACGCCCGACUGGCUGAGCUCGAACGCAAACUGCGAGAGGUUAUGGAAAGUGCAGUAGGAAGUUCCUCAGGGUCUGCACCAAGCGAGGAAACUCCUAGGAAGCGGAAGAAAGCCGUGGAAUCAAUAGGUUCGCUUAGGAAGUCAAAACGCCUGCGGAAUAACAAAUAACUGUGGAAUAAGUGAUACCUCCCAGAAGAAUGCACUGCUUUAGUAGCCCAAGCAGGUUGUCUGGUCUGGAUACUGAUAUUCGCAGCAUGGUCUCAUUUAGCCUGCUGGUUCUUCAGAACACCAUAAACUUGAACAACGAUUUUCUCUUAUUGCUGAGACAUUUCGCCCCUGCCCUGCUUCUGUUUGAGUGGGCCCUACUGUACAGGAUUGUGAUAAUUUGCCACAGAUUUGUACUAACCAGACCUGUUCUAUCAUGUUCUGAAAAGUUAACUUUUCUGUGCAGGUGAUUAUUAAAGUGAAAUUUAUGUUUAUGCCUCUUCUGAUGCAGGAGUAUCUUCUAGUCAAAUUAAGCCUGGGUUUAUUUUAAAUUGGUAAACAGCAAAUGUCAUGUUCACUUGAAAAGACCCACUUUUCAAAAUCUUGUUUUGAAAAAAGGUUGGCUUUUUCAUUGCAAGUGACCUUGUUUAGAAUGUCUGAAAAGUAGGUUAUGUACAUGGGAGUCUACAUAACAAGUAGAGAUGACUUCUUAAGCUACAGCACUGGCUAUUUAUAUUUUUGUAAAUUUAGCAAGCAAUUGACUUCAGUCUGAUUUUCACAAAGGCAUACCCUACUUCUAAGCGUCUGGAGCCAUAAUUUUAUCUUUGCAUGGAUAGGUGCAUGCAUUGCCUAGUCAGCUUGCUAAAGCACUUGCCUGGAGUUGCUAUUAAAUCUGCCUCUCCCAACUUUUGUAGAAUUUGUUUUCUUUUGUUCCUUAGCCAGGACUCUGCACAUGCUUUUAGCAUAGUUUUCAUUUCUUGUGAAGCCGUUUUGACACACUAUAGCAGGAGCGUAUAGAAGCCAGGCCAUUUGCUACUUCUGUUGCCUGUAGAUCACAGAUAUUCUUAUCUGAACAAGAUUUCAGAGGUGGCUUCUCUU